AUGCCUAAGGAGCGGACGGAAGGUCGCGUCCCGGUAGAGGAGAACGUAGCACUCGUCGAUUACGAUCCGGUCGAGACGUUAGAGGAGCCGCUGUCGGUUAAGAAACGUCGUGAAAUCUACGCUAAGCGCCGACUCGGGCGUAAUAAGCACGAUCGACGCUUCGUCCGAGAGGCAGAAGAGCUCCCGCCGGUACGCCGUCGUACCGGCCUACUCGCUUACCUCGCGCCCGUAGAUUAUCCCGGCUACGUACGACGAGUGCGCCGCCUAAAGGUCGGUAAUAUAGCUAAGGAACUACUCGUCGUCUAUCUAGGCCUUGUCGUCUACCUCGGGCGCCCGCCCGCCCUCUAUCGUACGAUCCUCCUAGAUAUUAUAGGGGAAUACGCUAGAGGAGCGGAGGAACCGCCGGCUAAUCCUAAUAGUAAUAUCCUAGAGACCCGUACCGCAGACUCGUACGACGACGAUAACGAGCACUACGAGCUCGCUAAUCUCCUACGGGAGAUACCGAUAGAUAAUCUUAGCGUCGUUCUGUGCGUAGAAGCCCUUAUAGUAUCGGCUAGUAAAGACGAUAAGCCCGUUCUUAAUAAAGAUAUUCCGGUAGCCGCCCUCGGUAUUCCGGUACCGGAUACUAAGUAA